AUGGCGAAACAUUUAGCGAAUGUAAAGAAGAUUUUAGGGAACUCUGGUAUUACUACUCCAGUAGGUAAGUGUACAAUCAUAGACGGAUGGCUACCCACUACCGGUAAAUGGAAUGAAGGAGGUAUAUUUAAGGGUUCAGAUUCCAAUUUUUAUUUCCACAAUGUGGAUCCUCGUCUUUCUCAGAUAGAUGCAAUGAAUCAGGGAAUUAUAGGUUUUAGAUCUGGAUUUUUAUUAUUCAAUUGGAUGGAUACUCGUACAAGGGCAUAUCUACCCAGAUUUGAAUGGAUAAAUACUCCCAAACAACCAUUGAACGUUUCGUUUGCAAAUAUUCGGUUUACGGGAAGUCACUAUACAAAGAAAAUUUAUAGUUCAUCUAAAUUUGAAAGUGUCCUAAGGACUUAUAGAGUCUUAACAUUAAAAAGUGCUUUUGAACCGCGUGCGACGAAUUUACGUAAGGGUUUUUAUCAAAAUGUUGCUAUGGAACAGAAAAUUUUUAAAGAAAACCUUAAGUUGAUUAUCAGGUUUUAG